AUGACUAGCGAGAGAGGUAUUAAGAAAGCUUUGAAAUUAAAAACAUUUCAUGAAAUUAGAAAUGAUGUUACUUAUGAGAUAAAAAUUUUCUCAAAAAAGCAACCAAAAUGGGCUACUACAAUUACAACCAAUAAACAAAUAACCGUCGAAGAUAAUACUAGACACCAAGUUAAUACAGAUUCGGAAAAUGGCGAAGAUUCCGAUGAUGAUGUUGCAGGCGGAGUCAACGAAAAAAUUGUGUCAACAAGUGGCCAAAAAAGACAAAAACAAAGAAAGACAUAUGCAUCGGAAUUGUUACCAAUGAAAUUGGUUAAUGAUCCAUCGAAACCUAUGAUAACAUUAUCGAAUUAUUUAAUGAAAAAACGUAAAUGGCCAUAUCGUGGGUGGCAUAAACGCUUUUUUGUUUUACAAGAUGGUUAUUUAAUCUACGGCAAAUCUGAGCAAGAAAUAAAACGUGGUCGAUACAAUGGUCGAUGUGAUAUCGGUUUAUGCAUUGUUACAUUUAUUCGAGAAUUGCAACGUAUUAAUAUCGACGAAACAAAUUCUGUUUAUCAUAUUAAAAUAAAAGAUAGAAGUUCAUUUGAACAGUGGCUUGAACAAAUAGCCAUUCAUCGAAAUUAUCGACAAAGAGUACUGGAAGAACAAAGCCCAUUAAUAAAAAAUAUAAAUACCACCGACGAACCAAAAAAAGAAACUAACCAUAAAAGCCCAUCGCCAAUUAAUAGUGCCAUAAAAUCAUCUGAUCGCCUGUUUUACAAUGAUUUCGCUGAAAUUCAAGUGCAAUUAAGUAGUCUAUCUGAUGUUCUUGAACAAAUCAAGAUAAAUACGACGACAACAUCAAGUGUAUCUUCGAGAUCUAUAGAUGGAGGUAAAACAAAUAGUGGCCAUACACCAUCAGCUAGUAUAAGUAGUAUUAAUUCUUUUACGUUACUCGAUGUUCAACGACAAGAUUACUUUGAAUUAUCGAAAAAAGUUUUUGAUAAUCUAAAUAAUCUUUAUAAACGCUUAUCUGUGCUCGCUAUAGAACAACAACAACAAUUAACUAAUUCAGUAAAUGCAGGAACCAGUAAUACCCUUCAAUCAAUAUCAUCAGGAUCGACGACUAUGUCUCGACAUGAAUCUAUUUUUUAUGAUGCUCCUGAAGUUCUUAGUGUUCUCAUGCUCAAUGAAGAUAAAGAUGAAAUUGAAAAAAUGUCUGACUUUGAAUCAUCAAGUUGUGGCGAUGAUGAAAGUCAUGCUGGCGAUCUCUCUCAUAUAUCAACUAUUCCACCGCAAUUAAAACUACCUGAAAUAAAAUGGCGGCGGUCAUCUCUACCAUCGUGUGCACCGGACACAUCAAAUAUUGGUUUAUGGAAUAUAAUGCGUAAAGCGAUUGGAAAAGAUUUAUCUCGUGUAGCAAUGCCAGUUAUAUUAAAUGAACCAUUAGGUUUAUUACAAAAAUUAUGUGAAGAAAUGGAAUUUUCUGAUUUACUCGACCGUGCAUCACAAACAGACGAUGUUUAUCUGCGUCUUGUUUAUAUUGCUGCUUUUAUUGUUUCAACAUAUUCAUCAAAUUAUUAUCGAACUGGACGAAAAAAUUUUAAUCCUUUAUUGGGUGAAACAUACGAAUGUAUACGGGAAGAUAAAGGAUGGAAAUUCAUUGCCGAACAAGUCAGUCACCAUCCAACAAUAAGUGCAUGUACUUGUAUUUCACCCAAUUUUAUAUUUUCUCAAAAAUUACAAGCCAAAGUAAAAUUCUGGGGAAAAUCAAUAGAAAUAUUUCCUGAUUCAUUGAAUACAUUAGUAUUACCAAAAUACAAUGAAACAAUAACAUGGAAUAAAUGUCCAAUGUGUAUACAUAAUGUUCUGUCAUCAGAACGAUGGAUUGAUCAUUAUGGUGAUGUUCUUGUUGAAAGUUCAUUUGGUACUAAAGCUCGAAUUAGCUUUAUUCAGAGUGAUUAUCGAACACGUUUAAAUAACGUCGCUGGAGAUAUUAUAGACGCUACGGGGAAAGUAGUUCACAAAAUAUUCGGCCAUUGGCAUGAAAAUAUUUUUUGUGGAAAUGAUCAAACAGCAAAAUGUAUUUGGCGACAAAGUGCGGUACCAGAAAAUUCAAAGCAAUAUUAUGGUUUUACUCGGUUUGCCAUUGAACUAAAUGAACUUGAUGAUGAUCUUCGGAAGCAAUUACCACCGACAGAUACUCGUUUUCGACCUGAUCAACGUUUACUCGAAGCUGGAAAAGUCGAAGAAGCUGAAAAAGAAAAAGCUCGUAUUGAACAAGCUCAACGCGAACGUGCUGGCCAUGUUCUACCUCCAAAAUGGUUCAAACGAGAUGGUGAUUCGCAUGUCUUUAUUCGUGAUGAAGAUCCAGGACAUAACUAUUGGAAGAAACGCGAAGAAAAUUGGACUGGCGUCGAGUUUAUACAAUUAUGGUAG